GUGCCGUGCAGUGCCGUGCCCGUGCCCGUUCCCGUCCGGGCGGGGCAGCGGCGGCGCUUCCUGGUGCGGCGGGGCAUGGCGCUGGUCACCGUGCGGCGGGCGGCGGGCUCCGCCGGGGGCCCCGCGGAGGAAGAUGCACCCAGGCGUGGCCAGCUACAGCGGCGGCAGAGCUUCGUCAUGGUCAAGGGGGCUGCCCUGCUGCUGCCUGCCGAGGAGCCGCUGGUGUCUGAGCCCCCCCAAGCUGCACCCCCCGGCCAGGUCCCGGGGCGUCAGGAGCAGCACCUGCAGCUCAUGAUGCAGCUGCUUCGCCCCCAGGAUGCCAUCCAGCUGGCGGUGCGUCUGGAGUCGGUGCGGCCACGGCGGGUGCGGUACCUGCUGGUGGUGCGGCCGGAGGAGGCAGGAGCCGAGGGGCAGACAGCGCUGCUUGGUGUGGACUUUGCUCACGAGGGGGCCACCCGCUGCACACUGGGCAUGGUGCUGCCUCUCUGGAGCGACACCCAAGUCUUCCUCGAUGGUGAUGGAGGGUUCAGUGUGACAUCAGGGGGGCAGACCCGCAUCUUCAAGCCCAUCUCUGUCCAGACCAUGUGGGCCGUGCUGCAGGAGUUGCACCGCGCCUGCGAGGAGGCAUCCCGCGGCGGGCACAUCCCUGGGGGCCCGGCGCUGGCCUGGGCCUGUGGCUACGCAGCGGCGCUGACCUCGGAGCAGAGCUGCCUCAACGAGUGGCUGGCCAUGGCCGACCUGGAGUCCGUGCGCCCCGCCUCGCCCCCGCCCCUCCGGCUGGCGGUGCCGGAGCUGUCGGAGCAGGCGGUGCGGGCGCUGCUGCGGGAUGUGAUGGCCACCGCUGACCUGGAGAGCGUCACCUCCAAGGAGGUGCGGGAGGAGCUGGAGCGGCGCACGGGGCACAGCUUGGCUCAGCACAAGGACUUUAUCGACAAUGAGAUGCUGCUGGUGCUGGCACAGAUGGACCGGCCCUCCCACAUCUUCCCACACCUCUACCUGGGCUCCGAGUGGAACGCGGCUAACCUGGAGGAGCUGCAGCAGAACCAGGUCACCCACAUCCUGAACGUGGCGCGGGAGAUCGACAACUUCUUCCCUGCGCUGUUCACCUACAUGAACGUGCGGGUGUAUGACGAGGAGACAGCCCAGCUCCUGCCCCACUGGAAUGACACCUUCCUCUUCCUCUCCCGCGUCCGGGCCGGUGGGGGCCGGGUGCUGGUGCACUGCCGCAUGGGGCUGAGCCGCUCGGCAGCCACGGUGCUGGCCUACGCCAUGAAGGAGUUCGGGUGGCCCCUGGAGCGGGCGCUGCGGCACGUCCGGCACUGCCGCCCCGGCGUCCUGCCCAACCCCGGCUUCAUGCGCCAGCUAGACUUCUACCAGGGCAUCCUGCAAGCCAGCCGGCACAGCAGCCUGUGGGAGCCCCGGGUGGCCGAACAGGCAGCCCAGCCCCAGCCAGGCCCGGAGGCCAGCCCAGGAGGCCUGUCCCCGGCCCCCUCCCCGCAGCCCGCUGAGGAGGUGAGUGGGGGGGGCCUGCUGGGGACCUCCCAGCGCCCCCGCAUCUCCCUCUGCGCCGUCAUGCGGAGCAUUAGCCAGCUGGAGCCCCCUGAGCCCCCCGAGCUGCCAGGGGAGCCCCUCGCCGAGGAGUGUCCCCCCCUCCCCUGCAGGUGUUCGAGGCCACGAAGGCAGCAGCAGGGGGUGAUGUGGUGGGGGUCCAGCCCAACCCCCGGCCCUCCUCUCGGCCCCGCCGCGUGGUACGCCAGGCCAGCCUGGAUGGUGGCCCUGCUCCCGCCGAGGACCCCUCCCCUACAGCUGACCCUGCCCCCCAUCUCCCCUCCACUCCCCCCCUUACUCCGUAACCCUGUAGGGGGUGGGGCAGCCCGCUGCUAUGCCCCCCGGGGACCAGCUGCCACCCGCACCAGCAAUAAAGAGUGGAAAUGGCUGCCCUGGCGUGGGUCCUGCCCGCGGGGGUCUCUGCAAGCCCCAGGGACAAGCGUGGGACCCUCCCGCCAGGCCCUGCCCAGCUGCGGGGCAUAGGCCACUGCUCAGCUUGCCGUCAGUAGCGGCCAGAAUGAACACGACGGCAUUGAGUGGGAAAGGGACAGCGGGUGUUGCGUGCUGCCCUGGCGCGCAGCGGCGAGACGCAAGCACGACGCUCGGCCGCCAUCUUGUGCGUUGGGCGGGCGGGGCGCGCAUGCGCCGGGGGGCAGGGCGGGAACUGCAGCUCC